AAUAAUUUGAAUAACAAUGCCACUUCCAUAGAAAUGAAGCAUUGUAAUGCAUCGUAAGCCAUCGGUGUUGUUCUGAGCCCGAUCCGUAAACCAAGUAUUAGAGCUAUAGAAGUUUGUGGAGGAAUUUGAGAGAGUUCUACGGUUGGUAUUGUAAGGGAUUCCAAUUGGAUAGUUUCUCCAGGGGGCACUGGUGCGGAAUACGGGACUAUGAUUCUUUAUAUGCGAGAGUAAUCAGAAAAAUUUGCUACUAAGCCAAGCAGGAUCUAGGCCAUAAUUGAAGGCGGAACUCAAAUCAACUUUAACAGCUGUCAGUUGAUGGCUUAACAGCGUUACACAAAAGCAAUUGUUAAAACAAAACAUCGCUGUUUAGAAGUUGCUGUUUGAAAGAAAGCCACUUGUUUGACCAAAUGAAUCCGCUAGAGAAGAGAGAAUUUGACUAGGGCGCAGUUAGGGGUACAAGGCGUGUCGUGGUGAAAGAAGCCUUCUCCAAUAGAUAAUAGAUUCUUCUCUUCGCGGGCCAUUUUAUAUUCACCGAGUGGAUGGAGUUCUGUUGCUUAUGACGACACGCUGUCUCUGGGGUCUUGAAUGCCGUCAUUCCACAAGCGCGCGAAGCGAUGCUUCGCGGUUACACGAAGGCAGAGGAGAGAGACAUAAGGAACAAAACGCAAGGCUAAAAAGCUAAGGAUCCUCGGUGGAGCAUGAAAGGGGUGCUCGUGGUUGUCGUGUUGAUGGUCAGCUUGUCGCUGGGAGAAGCUGGGUGUCCCGCUCAGUGUCUGAUCUGCCGCAAGGAACUCUACAAGUGUACCAUCAGUGAUCUGAGCGAGCUAUCUACUACCUUACCUCACAAUAUAACUCGAUUAGAUCUUUCUUCCUCGAAGAUUGCCUUAGUUCCUGAUGGUGCCUUUGAAAAUUUUUCUUCCUUACUUUUUCUAUCUCUUGCAAACAAUUCUAUCAAACACCUGACAAGAAAUUCCUUUAGAGGACUUCAUAAUUUAAGAGAAUUACACUUACAAGACAACAACGAUCUGCACUUAGAUAAUCAAAUGCUGAGCGAAGUCCUAAAGGAACUGCGAUCGCUCAAAACUCUUCGUGGCAGCGAGCUAGAUGGCCUCACACCCAAACUUAUCAACCUAACGCGGACAAUAAAUAUCUCAAAAAACACGAAGAAGGAGAACAUCCACUGCUACUUUCGAAAAAUGCCUCCGUCCAAGUGUUCGCGCAGCGAUCUUCCGAAAUGUCACGAUGCGCUGUCACUCAACGAGGAAGAACUCUCCAAAUUUAAAACCGAGGGCUGUGCGCAUGCGCGUUGUACUAUCAAACAGACUGGCAAGACGCUGGAUUGCUACACGACUCUUGAAGGCGGGAAUGACACCUCGUGGAGCAUUCUGGGAGAUAACUCGGCGGUCAAGCUUGCAUUAUGGACGUUUGGGCUUCUUGCUGUCACCUCAAACUUUCUCGUUCUUUUGACACUGCUGUGCAACAAGGAGGCCCGCACAUCAGCGCUUUGUUUAUUUGUCAUGAAUCUGCUUCUUGGCAACAUUUUGAUUGGCAUCCACAUUGUGGUGCUUACGGUGUCUGAUACCAUCACAUACGGGAACUUCUUACGUUACGGCGAAGGCCGAUGGGAGUCCAGUUAUUGUGUACCAUUGUUUUUUGUCAAGACGUUGGGCGUGGUUCUUGUCAUCUUGUCCCUUGUUCUGGUCACUGCUGAGCGCGUGUUGGUAAUUGUGUUCCACGCAGAUCGGCACUUGGACCGCUGCCGGUCCGUUGGCUAUAUCAUCGAGAGCUGGCUCGUCGCUAUUGUAAUUACUGUAGUGUUAUGGACGAAAUCAAGCUCUUGGGGCUACAUGUGUGCGACGUUUGCGAACAGCAAAGAGUUUAACAAUAUCAACCAGGGAGUGAAGAUCUCACUGGCAGGAACCGGUGUUAUUCUCAUCUUCGUGUAUAUUUAUUUACUGUGCAGACAGAAAGACAAGAAAAAUGCGGAUAUGACGUCAUCAGAGUAUAGAAGUACAGUGCGCAUGCUCCUGCUUUUAAUCUCGACCUUACUUUUGUGGGUAUUGCCAUAUAUGGUGUUGGUAUUUAUGGUUCCGGUGAUAAUUUCGGUGACGCUAUCCAUGCAAACUCUAGCCAUCUCGAUCACCAUAAACUCGUGUUUGCAUCCUUUUAUUUAUUCGUACGACAACGAUCACCUUGAACAUCUCUACAGCGCGCUAGCUUGUAAGAAAGAUGCAUGCGUUUUGCUGCCGCUUGCCGUUCAAGGACAGUGCUACCAGCCCGCAAAUACUAAAGAGACGCCUCUACCAGGCAUGGAACUUGAGCGGUUAGAACACGUGAGAUCGCUAGAGUCGAUAGAAGUGAGGACGGUGGCUCCAUUUGACUCACGCACACUGCUAUCCCCGGUCACAGUCUCUGACAUCAAGAAAGAGAUGAAGCGGGGCUCGGAGAUUUCUAAGGCAGAAGGUGCUGUUAUCAUCAGGAAUACGUCGCCGACCGGGGAGAAGUUUGUCGAGGAUUUCACUGUAGUACAAGUGCACUCUGUUCCAUCUUCGCCCUCUACGCCUGCGCGGCACGGGCGACCGCUGAUCGAGGAGCACAGUGAUUGCGGUACCAUGUCUUCAGAUACCAAUGUGACGUGGAUCAGUAGUGACUGCCCGAGUAACGCACAUCUAAGAUUAGGUGACGGAAACUCAACGACUUCUAGCCGGGCCUCUUCCAUACCCCUUGGAAAGUCUGCAGCCUCGCCGCACAUUCAGAGACGAAAGAGACUUUCCUCGGUAAAAUCCGCGGAUUCCGAGGAUUUCGACGAUGAAGACGCGUGCAAUAGUGAUUUUAGCGAAAGGCGAAAGCGACCUGUUGAGUUUAUUGAUAUUGAGCCUGUAACAGACUCUUUGGAGGAGAGUGUUAAAGACUUGGAGAAUAAACGAGAUAAGAGGAUGUCCCCGGUGGAGAUGAUAUGCAAAGUUCUAUCGCCAAAGAUGAAGAAAAAGCGACCUAAGACAGGCGAGGGUCUGCCGGGAAGUAAACACUCUUUGGACAGCUGUAGACCUCACUAUAGAAGAUCCAAAUCCAUGGUUCUUGGCAAAGAUGCGCGUAAUGUAAAAGUUAAGGAAGAUGUGACUAAACCACUGUCGGCGGUGCAACUGCGCGAGAAGCGACCUCGUGGUCAAAGCCGCGAGAAUCGUAAUGGCGUGUUCGUGUUCCCUUCAACUGAUAACGGCCUGCAGGGGAUAACAAGCGACUCAUCUGAAUGCACGCCCACCAGCUCUGAGCCCUGUUUCCAGGAUCGCUCAAGGAGCCCUACUGAGAAAGACUGGGAGCGAUUGAAGUACUUGGUGAUCAAACCUGUACCCACCCAUGCGAAACAUAAAGGGUAUAAGGAGACAAAAAAGGGGAAACUGAGUCGUUCUGUUUCGGAGCCGUCUAAAACAAAAGUCAGGAUCUAUGAGAAUCCCGUAGUAGACUUUGAUAACAAUAACAAAGUAGGGGACAAUCGUGUGUCACGCGAAAACCUACCAUCAUCACCCACAUCUCUAACAUCGCCGCUGUCCCCCACGAGGCGGCUUGCGAAACUAGAGGAAGGUGACACCGUGCCUGACCUGCCAAAAGGUCUCAAAUCCAAGAACCGCAUGAGCACCGCCUCUACAACGUCAAGUAAACGUCUGUCGAACAAGAGCCUAGAGUGGGACCCGUCUUACAACGCCUACUCUUACUCAGAGGACGAUGUCAUGCCUCCUACCCCACCCCCUCCCCCUAGGGUCAUGAACGGCUUGCCCCCGUCCCCUCCCCCAAGCCCCGUAUCUAGUACGGGCACCCAGCUUGACCCGUCCAGGAGUCAGUACAGCCUCGAUUGGGACCCAACCAGUGUGCAGAUGCGGCUUAGCAUCGCAUCACGUGAUUCUGCGGGGGGGAUCAGUCAGCAGGACGAGUGUGUGGAAGAAAUAGACGAGCCGACAGAAAUGAAUGGCACAACGUCUUGAACUAGAAUAGUACCAGGGAGCUUGAACAUGUAACAGACGAUUGGAACUACCAGGUGCGAACAAAGUCCAAGGACUAAUGACCUUAUUAGGAAAACAAUGGUCUGUAUCUAGCCAAUCAAAAAUGUCACGCACGCAUAUAAAAUAUUUUCUUAUAAUUCUUCCGCUUACAAAAAUGUAAUUUUCGGACGCGCGCUUGACAGAAAAAUUUAUGCGCCUUGUCCGCAUGUAGUUACACGCUCUAACUCCCCUCUAUUUUCUGACUCUGUUCUUUGAAUGUCUUCGUUAUCUUGUUGACCGUCCAGACUGCAAUAACGGGUGGUACUAACUAAGCGUUGGUCUAUAGGUAGCCACUAUUAUUCUAACCUCAACAUAUUGAUGGUGUUAAUUAGUGAAAAUAAAUGUAAAUAUGAUUUGCUUGUAGUAUAAAGACUUUAUUUGUAUUGGAAA